AUGAUCCCUCACUCUUUACAUUCGUUUCUCGUAUUAUUCCUAUUGAAAUCAGCCUUCUACUCACUAUCAGCCUAUGCUAGUCCUGUAGACUCUCCGGCUCCACCUGUAGAUCCUCCAUCCCCGGCUCCUGUAGAUCCCGUUCCUGCAGGGCCUGCGGCUCCUGGUCCUACUGACCCUCUGGCCGAUACGAUUCCGCCGUUUGCCCUAGAUUUCGCCCCAUUAGUUUGGCUCGAUAAGAAAGAAACUUUUUUCCCAUCAGAUAUUGAAACCCAUAUAUCCAAUACCAGUCCCUUCAUUGACUUGAAAAUCGUGGAAACGCCCCUGCCACCUCUGAGCACGGCCAACCUCGACGUUUUGAAUCCACUAAACACGGACACGCAACAUGUUUUUCUGACCACCAAAGUACCAGUCCAAGACAGUCCCAAGUGGUUGGAGGGAGUUGCACCAGACCAAGAUGGCAAGUCAAAGGAUGCAACGACAUGUGUGACCAUUAUCAGUAAUCGCGGCAAUGGAACGGUAGAUGUAUUCUACAUGUAUUUCUACUCGUUCAACAAAGGAACCGACGUCCUCUUUCAUGAACUGGGAAAUCAUGUCGGGGAUUGGGAGCACAAUAUGAUUCGCUUUCAAAACGGUGAGCCUGACGGUAUUUGGUUCAGUCAGCAUAGCAAUGGCCAGGCAUUUCGCUACCAGGCCGUAGAGAAGCAGGGAAAACGACCCGUCGUCUAUUCUGCUCGCGGCUCGCACGCCAAUUAUGCCAUCGAUGGCAAUCACGACCAUUCUAUCCCCAAUAUCAAUCUGCCUGCUGGUCCUGUCACCGAUCGCACUAGUCAGGGUACACUUUGGGACCCAGUCAAAAGCUCGUUUUUCUAUACGUAUGAUGGUGCCACCAAUUCAAUUGCACCUCUAAACAACAGUCCCCUUGGAUUCAUGAAAUACAACGGCCUAUGGGGUAAUACAGAUAUGCCAAAAGACGAUCCGGCCCAAGAGUCCCUCUUCGGCUUCCCCAAGUUUGUCGGAGGUCCUUCGGGUCCGAUGGAUAAACGACUAAACCGUAUUAACGUGUGUCUGAAUGAUGAUAAGUCGUGCAAGGUCCGCGACAAAUUGGCUGCCUAG